AUGUCAGGAGCGGGAUAUGAUGUAGUAGUUGACGUUGAUGAGGAGGGCGACUUAGGCCAUACGGACCUUCAAGAAGACCUCGAAUUUCACUCAUCGAACUUCAACACUGAUCAGGCCAACUCGCGCAAGAUUCCCGGGGGCUCAUCUGGGCUUCCCCCUCCAGUGACUGCCGGGGGAGGUUCUUCGAAACGAUUUCUCUGGACUAUAUCUUUCUACGCGCAGUUCUUCGACGUGGACACGAGCUCUGUGCUGUCUAGAUGCUGGGCAGCUCUGUAUCCUCGAGCGAAUUUUCUCGAUGUGUUGGAAGGAAAUCCAGAUUUAUACGGCCCGGUAUGGAUCGCGACUACCGUAGUCUUCAUACUGUUUCUUGGUGGAACAAUUAGUCAUUAUCUGGCAACUACGGGAAAGGAGCACUUUGUCUAUGACUUUGAAUUGUUAAGUGGCGCUGCUGGUCUAAUUUACGGUUAUACACUGGUCAUCCCAGUCGCGCUCUUCCUGGCUCUUAAAUACUUUGGCAGCGAAUCUGCGAACCUUCUCGAGUGCUGGGCUUUGUACGGAUAUGGCAACCUUAUUUGGAUUCCUGUGGCGCUCAUAUCAUGGUCUCCUCUCACCCUUUUGAACUGGAUAUUUGUUGGAAUUGGAUUUGGGCUCAGCGUAGCCUUCCUCUUGAGGAAUUUAUACCCAGUUUUGAGCGCAACGGACAAGCAAGCUAGUAAGGCGCUAUUGAUAUUGGUGGUGGUUCUUCAUGCCGCACUGUCAAUUGCGAUUAAGUGGCUGUUCUUUGCAAGCGGAAGUGCCAUUAAGCCACCUGCAGAUGAUAAGACCCCUCCAUCGCCAGAGCCAACCGCUCCAGCAGAUUCUACGAAAUUCUUAAGGUUCUGA